AUGGCAGCUACACGGAGCGCUGCUCUCAAACUCGAUUGGGCCAAAGUAGCCCAGAGCCUUGGACUUCGCGGCCAAACCGCUGCCUCUCUCCAGGCCUUCAAGAAGCGUAACGACGACGCCCGCCGCAAGGUUCAGGUCCUGUCCGAAGCGCCCCAGACUGUCGACUUCGCCCACUACCGCAAGGUGUUGAAGAACCAGGCCAUCGUUGAUGAGAUCGAGCAGCACUUCAAGAACUUCAAGCCAGUCACCUACGAUGUCAACCGACAGUUGAAGGCCAUCGAAGCCUUUGAGGCUCAGGCCGUCAAGAACGCCGAGGAGACCAAGGGCAAGGUCGAGAUGGAAUUGGAGUCUCUGUCACAGACCUUGGACAACAUCGAGUCCGCCAGACCAUUCGAGGACCUCACAGUCGUAUGUUCUUCCUAUAUCCCAAUCUUGUUGCAUUUGUACCAAGACGAUGUUGCCGCUGCUGCCCCAGAAAUCGACCGCAAGACCGCUCAGCUCGUAUCCAAGGGUAUCUGGAUGCCACCAGGCUACAAGGAGAAAUACGGCGACUUGGCUGUCAUGUAA